UGGAGCAGGGACUCGCGUGCUCUCCCAGGGCAGGUGGAUCUGGGGUCUGGGGCCGGGGGUCGGGGGCGCCUGGAGCAGGGACUCGCGUGCUCUCCCGGGGCAGCUGGAGACACAGAGGCUGGGUGCCGGUCCCACCGGCGGUAGCAGCUGAGCAGCAAGAUUUCAAAAUGUCAGAAAUUCUCCGAGAGCUGUUGCGAGUCUCUGAAAAAGCCGCCAACAUCGCCCGGGCUUGUAGGCAGCAGGAAGCCCUCUUCCAGCUGCUGAUAGAAGAGAAGAGAGGGGGAGAGAAGAACAAGAAGUUUGCAGUCGACUUCAAGACCCUGGCGGACGUGCUGGUCCAGGAAGUUAUAAAACAGAAUAUGGAGAACAAGUUUCCAGGCUUGGGAGACAAAGUUUUUGGAGAAGAGUCUAAUGAGUUUACUAAUGAAUUGGGGGAAAAGGUGAUCCUAAGACUGUGUGCAACAGAGGAAGAAACAGUGGAGCUUCUUAGCAAAGUCCUUAAUGGUAACAAGUUGGCGUCAGAAGCAUUAGCCAGUGUUGUUCAUCAAGAUGUUACCCUUUCGGACCCAACACUGGAUUCUGUAGAGGUCAGCAUCCCACAGGACAUUCUGGGAAUCUGGGUGGAUCCCAUAGAUUCCACUUACCAAUAUAUAAAAGGUUCUGCCGACACCAAAUCCAACCAAGGCAUCUUCCCCAGCGGACUGCAGUGUGUCACCAUUUUAAUUGGUGUCUAUGACACACAGACAGGGGAGCCCUUGAUGGGAGUCAUCAACCAGCCUUUCACAUCACAAGACUCAAGCACACGCAGAUGGAAAGGCCAGUACUAUUGGGGCCUUUCUUAUAUGGGAACCAACGUCCACUCCCUUCAGUCCCCUGCCUCUAAGAGGAAUGGCAGUGAGACGCAGAGCAACCCGACGGAGGCCGCCUCCCCCCAUCAGUUUUCAGCUGUCAUCAGCACCAGUGAGAAGGAGACCAUCAAGGCGGCACUGUCCCAGGUGUGUGGAGACCGCAUAUUCCGGGCCGCUGGGGCCGGUUACAAAAGCCUGUGUGUCAUCCAGGGCCUGGUCGACGUUUACAUCUUCUCCGAAGACACCACGUUCAAGUGGGACUCCUGUGCGGCUCACGCCAUCCUGCGGGCCAUGGGAGGGGGCAUGGUGGACCUGAGCGAGUGCUUGUCGAGGCCCGCAGAAGCCGGGCGAGGCUUGCCACAGCUGGCCUACCACGUGGAGAACGAGGGUGCUGCCGGUGUGGAUAAGUGGGCCAACAAGGGAGGGCUGGUGGCCUACCGGUCCGGGAAACAGCUGGAGACAUUCCUGAGCCUGCUCAUCCAGAGCCUCCUCGCCCCGGCGGAGACGCAGACAUAGCCAGACACAGAGCUGCGAAGCCACUCUCCGCGUCUCUUUGGGGGGUAGUCUCUGCUCAACAUUCAUCCAUCUCUUUUGAGGACCUUUUUUUUUUUUCCCAUUGUGUUCCUGAUGUUAAUCUCGACAAAUAAAUGGCAUUCUUACAAUAACGA